UUGUGCCACUACCUUUCAGUUUUAAUGUUGCCCAUGCUGGUAUUGAUAUGUGUCAGUAAUGUGGCCAGUUUUUCUGUGGUUACUGUAUACCGUGAAGAUUAUUGUUUGAGGACACAUUAUGUUGACUGAUAGGUGUUUAUAAUUUUAUAGUCGCGUUGUCAGUAUUUAAACGGUUUUGUAUUUUGAAUUAUGCCAGAAAAUAAUUACGGUGGUGACACCCAACCAACUGACGACUGUAUACUGUAUGAACUUCUAGUGUAUUCUGAAUGGAAGCAAGACUCUGAGUUACUGAAAUACUCUAGACCUGUUGACACUCAGUUUUCUGCUGGAAGUACACAUCAGAGUCCUGUAAAACACAUUUGGAAGUUUUUCAGCAACAAAGUUUCAGCACUUGAUGAAAUACAGAGACUUCUUCUGCGACAACUUCCAUGGCAUUUUGCAGUAGGUGAAGAAGGCAAGGUGGUGGCCAUAUUGCAGGACACAUUACUUGAAAUUCGAACAUCCAGAGAUGAGUACUCAUCUGUUAUUGGAAUGGCUUCCAUUGCAAAGGAUGCAAAUCCGCAAUUACGGAAGCUGGCAUGGAGUCCUGAUUGCAGCAUGCUUGCUGUUGCACAUAGUAAUGGUGUCGUGUCUUUCUAUGACCUUCUUGGCAGCAAUAUUUUCACUAUUUAUCCCCCAAAAUUUAAAGAAGAUAGUCACCCAGUGGAUAAAAUGAAUGCCCUGGUCUUUGUCAGCUUUCUUCAGUCCAGAAGGAAAAGUCCUAAAUGGGCUGCUGAAAUUAUUCUGGUAGACUAUCAGGGAAACCUAUAUUGCUAUUUGGUGUCUCCAACUGAUGGGUAUCAGCAGAGUCAUGUCUUCUCAUUUGCACAACAUUACCGGCAAGGGGUUCUCUCCGUUAGUUACCACCCGUCACAUAACAUGCUGUUUGUAGCUGGCCCAACGUCAGUGAAGAAUGCUGAUUCCUUAAAGGGUCAUGGCAGUAGUUUUGGUUUAUCAUCAUGGCGGCUUCUUAAUGAUUACCCAUACUACCAUCUGGCAUUGUCAACAGAUGAAGAGCAAGCAAUAUGGCAGGCCAAACAGAGUUGGCGGAACUGGGUUCCCUUACUAACAUCAAAUCCUGAACAGAAUGUGGUAUUCAAGAUGCAAGUUUCUCCAGCAGGCAGAUUCCUUGCUUGUCUUCACUCCUGUGGCAGUAUUUCAAUAUGGUACCUGCCAGCUAUCCGGUUGUACAAAUACUGGACCUUGCUGGAUCAGCCAGGUUAUAAUGUACAAAAUCCCCAGCAUUCCAAGCGAAGUUUCAGCCAUGACAGUGAUAACAGUAUCUUUCGACCAGUCGAUAUUAAUUGGUGGACCGACCAGGCUGUAAUUAUAGCUCGCUACUCAGGGGCUAUUAGUGUGUGCUCUGUGGCAAACCUGCGUAACCUUCUGGGUGAGUCACCGGAAUUCCUAGCAGGACCCCCACAAGUAUCGUCCCUGUGCAGUGAUCAUGGGUUCCUUGGAUUGGAAUGUGAGAUUACAUUUACCUCAAAGAAGUAUCCAUGGGAUGACAACAUCACACAGUCUGAAGUGGAGAGCAGCGAUGAUAAUGAUGAUGUUGAAGACAAUGAAGAUUCUUCAAUACUGAAUAGGAGCUCAGCAUUCAUCCAGUCAGCAGUGUACAUGGUGACAGAUAUGGAACGCUUCCAGCCUAAGAGGAAAAGGCCCAAAGUGUGCCAUCGGACCUACAGACUUUUGGGUCUGAAGAGCACGACUCCUGAAGAGCUGUAUGCCAGGAAGAUCGAUAAUGAGGAGUAUGGAGAAGCCCUGGCUUUAGCAAAAGCAUACAAUCUGGACUGUGAUCUUGUGUAUCAGCAACAGUGGAGAAAUAACAAAGUUUCAAUUGCAACAAUCCAUGAUUAUUUGAGUAAGGUGACUAAACGCUCCUGGGUGCUGAAGGAGUGUGUAGAGAGAGUGCCUGAAACAUUCGCUGCAGCCCGUGGGUUACUCCAGUUUGGUCUUCAAGGAACUGACGUUGAAACAUUCAUCUCUGUUGCUGAAGAUACAGAUAGGAGAAAUUUUGUUCAGCAGUUUCAAGAUGUGGUUGGUAAUUCUGAUGCCCUGAGCUCUGAUACAGAAGAAGAGACACUGCAGGAGAGAAACAGUUUUAUUCUGUCACAGGUAACAACAGAUAAAUUGACUGCUGAACAACAGGAGCUUUUGAGAUGCAGGCAGCAGCUGCUUAAGUAUUCUGACAGAUUAUAUACAUACGAGCUUAUUAUGGGAGGAUCUGACAUGGCUGAAGAAUUGUACAACUACACUUUCUAUGAUAAGUUCCGAACUAUAUCAGUGGUUACAUCUGCUGUGAAAUUUGCUCGUGAAGGAAACUGGAAAGGUGUAGAAAUCAUGUUUACAUACCACGGAGAUGCUCUUCUCUCACACUGGCUUCCCGUGCUGUCCAACUUUCCUGAGACAAUGAAUCCAUAUGAGUACAAGUCUUUGCUGCCUGAAUGUACUGCCAAUGGGAAUGUGUUUUAUUGGAAUCAGAUUCAGUUGCGAGAACAAGAUUGGUGCGAGGGAACAAACUUCCAGAAUGAACCUGAUGAUUGUGAUGCCAGCAUGAUAUAUGAAGAGGAUCAAGAUUUGAAGUAUUUUGCUUGCAGUGAGAAAGAGAUUACAGCUGAGAUUCUUACCGUAUGGUACAUAACCAGAGUGCAUCAGAUUGAAAGUCGAAGUUGCAUUAUUGACCAUGCUCUCACACUCAUUAAGCUUGCUCGAGAGAGACAUAUCAUGGGCUUGGAUCAUCUGUACCAUGAACUCCUGACUCUGGAUACAUUGGUGUAUGAAGUUCAUCUGGAGGAUUUCAGACUGUCUGACUUGCAGAAACUGUCAGACCUUGAUACAUGCAAACUUCUAAUGUCUAAGACAGUGGAAACAACAUUCAUUGAUGACCUAAAACAUUUGUUACUGCCAUUUUUACUGCGCUGUGAGAAGGAAGCUGCAGGAAGUAGAAGGCAGUUACUUCUUGACUACCUGAUAUUUCUUAGCUCCCAGGACUUGUCAUUACCCCAUAAACUGUUUGAACACCUGCAUAAUGAGCAUUCAUUUUCAUUGGUGCCAUCAAUGGAAGAAAAAAUAUCACUUGCUUUACACUGCCUCUAUGCGUACCCUGAAGCUGAUCAACUUAGCAAAGCAUUUCACAUUCUGGAAUGCGUACCAGAGAGAGGAUUUAGUUUGCAGAAUUCUACUCUGGCUGCCUUACACGACAAGCUCGAUGAUCUCAGAUGUGAUCUUCAUGUUGCAGAAAUCUUGCAUCACAAUUCAAUAUCUAAACCUUUGUCAUUAGUUGCCAGAACUGUUGCCAAAAAGAUUCCACCACCAACUGAAAUGGACUGGAAGAAACUUCUUGCUGAUAUGUUAGAUCUGCAGGCGAACUGUUUCACAACUGUUGAUAUUGAAGUUUGCUUUCAGAUCUAUAUAGCAACUCUAUUGGCUUCAGGCAGUAAUAAGAACAUAAAAGGAGCUGGAAAGUUUUUGCAAAGCCAUAAGACUAAGUGGACAGAUAAGAAUGUGUCUUAUCAACAGAGUGUGCAGCUAGUAAUGCAGGCAGCUUUGGAAUAUUUUGACUCGUCCAGCGGUGCAUCUGAUCCUGCUCUAUACCUUGCCGAGACGUGCCUGAACCUCAUCACUGAUAAAAAUGAAGAAAUUAAUGAACAGUUGGAUCUCAUUGCUGCACUGCAACUUCUGAGUGAUUUUGAGAUGAACAUGCUGCCUCUUCAAGUGAGGUUAUGUACUGAGCGACUAAGACUGGUACAGUUGUGUAUCGAUAACGAACCCACAGCUUAUCGCAAGACACAGAGACUGCUUCAGCUUGCACAUGACCUUCGCGUGUGUGGAAAUGAUAAAUGGCAACGAGAGGGCAAAGUUCUGGUCCUUAUAGCAGAGGCUGCUUUAAAAGUGCACGACUACCAGUUCUGUGCAGAGAUAUGCCAACAGCUGGUGUCAAAUAGCCAUAUCAUUGGCUGGCAGGUUGCACAGGAGUUAGGCCAGUGCCAGGAGUUUGACAACCUUCAGCUACGCUCUGACCUUCUUGCAUUUGCUCUGCUGUACUGCACUGUGGAUGUGAUAGAGAUUCUUGUCAAGACCAGGUCUUUGCUGCAGGCAGAACUCCUGCAAGGUAUGAUCUACAAUAAAAUGAAACAUGACCCUGCUACUGCAGAGGAAGAAGAGUUCUCGGAUGCUCUGACAUCGCCCCUUUCUCCGAGUCGGGAGUUUCCUGGUCCGAUGCGUGUAGUAGAAGACUUGACAGAAAUUACCAAAAAAGCGACAUAUGGACUUCUGAAAAAUAUAGGCAACAACAACUUCUGGAAAACUUCAUUUAGUUGGAUGCAGAGAAACAUGUCAGAUGUUGAAAUAACGGAGAGUAAUCGGCUCAUCACGUCACAAGGCUUUCCGGCAUUCUAUUCUUCACUGGCACCUGAAUGCCACAUGAGCUCGUUCUGCACAAAAUAUGAUAGGUUUUCAGAACCAGACGUUUCCAACCCAAUUGUGCAGCUCGGUCAGGCGUUGCUUCGGACCAUUCUGCUCCAGGGCACAGCCUCAGAAGGGACUUUCAGUGAUUGCACUAAAGUUUUGUUACAACUUUCUGAGCAGUUUCUUGCUGAAGACAGCUGUUUGGGACUUGGACAUCUGUUUCAUCUGGAUGAUUUGACAUUAUCUGACUCCUGUUUCAAGAACGUACCAUGUACUUCCAUAGUGUUGCAGCUGGCCAUGUAUUACUAUGCUAUUCAAGGCUACAAACAAUUACAAAAUCUCACAGCAGAAGACAGAAACAGAGAAGAAGAUGUUUACCUUUAUGCUCCAAAUGAGUUAGUGGAGCAUGUGGCUGGACUGGCAUCAAAACACGAGAUGCUAGACGUGUGGGCUCAGUUACUUGUGAAAUACAGGAGCUUGCUGGUGGACUUCCAACAGGGGCAACAGUUACAGAGUUUGGGAUGUGGUGUUGACCUGCAGCGCUUCACUCAUGAUAUGCCAUAUCAGCAGGACUCGAUCAUAGGCCUGGCCAUGACUGUUGAUACUGAAAAGUUCUUCUUUGCUGUGAGGCUUGGAUCCCGGCAUGGUGUUCCCCUAAGAGAGAUUGUAGCAAGACAUCUAACGUCAUUGUUACUAAACAGUGACAGGAUUGCGCUGUCAGAGCUGACAGCGCACCUCGCUAACCCACAGUUGAAAGAACUUCUCAGGACCUCUCCAUAUUUUGUGUGUGACAGGUUGGUGCAGUAUGCAUACCCAAGCAUAGAGGGAACGGACCAUCAAAUGCUUUUGUUGUACUAUACAGUGUUGCAGUCUAUUGCAGAAGAUUAUACCACAUACAGCUUAACACCUAAAGAACACAUGAAAUUGCUGCGGAAAGUCAAAGCGGCGUCGUCUGACAUAGAUUACAAAAAGAUGGUGGAUCCAUCUAACAACAUCAUAGAAGUUUUUCUACCUGCAUUGGAAAGGAAUAAUAUAGGACUAAUUUCCAAACUGCUGAAGAGUAUGCCAACAUCGAUCAAGUGGUCGAUUCAAACAGGAGAACUGUAUUCAGCUUGGGCACAGAAGGAAUUCUUCAAGAUUCCAAUCACCAGUGAUCUUGUGCUAACCAAACAGUGGCUUCAACAAUAUGAAGUCUGCAGUGCAUAUUUCAACAAAAUGGCAGCAGCAGAUAUUCUCAGUUUUGUUAAGGGGACAUGCUUCACUGAACGUGGUGUGGAUGCGAUUUCCUUAGAAUGCAGAACAGCCAUUGUUACUCAAGCCAAGGAAUAUUGCCAGCUGAAGAUAACUAAUCAACUGAAAGACGAAGAAGAUGAAUGGAAUGAGGCAGUAAAAACUUUGAAUCAAUGGUUGGCUCAUCUGGAAAUUAUAAACUCUAUGGAAGCUUUAGAAUUUUGCAGAAGUUCAAAGCAACAAGGCCAGCAUCUCUUCAGGUUGUUUGAUCUGUCAAUGGGAGAACCUAGCCAUAUCAAACAACUCCUGCCAUUGGCUGUGACAAGUGACAUACCACUGGAUUCUCUGAAAAUCUUUAUCUCACUCUUACCAACACCUGAAAAAAGAUUAGAGCAUUACCUUGGUAAUUUGCUGAGGGAAGCUAUUGACAAAAUCAGGUGUGGAAGUGAACCUCAGGGAUCUGAGUUGCUGUCUGCAGUCUUGCGAAGGAUGCACGAAAAUUCACAGUAUGACACCGGCGUAGUGCCACAGGAAAUUGAAGCAUUAUGUGGGGACACAAGUCUGAUCCCAGAAAUAAGACUUCAGGCAUUAGAAUUGCUGCAGAGCAUGAAGCCACGUGAGUCAAGAAGCGAUGCGAUGCUGUAUCACCAUACUCAGGCGACUGUUGCCUUGUUGUGGCCACAUUCACCCGUUGAUUUUCAAGAGUCAGACCUUGAAACUCCGGGGUCUUGCGCACGUCUGUUCGGCACAUUCUUGAAAAAUGCGCACACAUGGCAACAAAUAAUGAUCCUCAAGGAGCUCUUGAACAAGUUGCCGCAGUUCCUGGACUCUGAUUUCAGUGGUGAGACAUCAGCAAAUCCUUGGAUACAGCUCAUACACAAAAUGUUGAUUUCUGAAGACAGAAAUGUAGAUGAGAUGGAAAGUGUACUCGAAGAUAUCUUUCAACAUAAUAGCUUCUCACCAGUUCACAUUCAGCAGCUGGUCUCUGCGACCGAAGAAUCCACAAAUCUCUCGUUUCUGCUGUUGAUCUGUCUGCUGUCAGACCACCCAUCUAUGCACACCACAGCAACAAGUCUCAUAAAGAAACAUCUGCAUGUGGACAGUCCCAGAUUAAGUGGUCGGCUGCUGUCUCUUCUGCUUCAGAAGGGCCUGACUCCUGCCCUGAUUGCAACUCCUGCAUACCCUCAGAUGAUCGAGCAUAUGGUGUUACGAGGCGCCGAUGAUCUGCCAUCAUGGAACACUGUAGCCAAUCAGCUUGUGGCUGCUGGCAAUGUAGCUGAAGCAGGAACUACACUUUUGCUUCACAUGGGUGUGUCACCUGCUCUGGCUGUGUUCUCAUCUGCUCUAACACUUGCCAAAUCAACAUUCCCUGAAGAAUAAGGUCUACAGAAAGGGCACAAAACUUCCAGAGAGGGGUCCCUCCGGAACAAGCACUGCACUGUCAGAUCCUGCCAGCUCUACUAACCUAUGGUAGAGCGGCAGACCCAACUGUAAUCCAGGGUCGUCCGUUGAAGCAAUACACACGACACUUAAUUUACCAGGGAAGGAAAACGGUAAUGGGAAAGGAGACGCGGGGUCUCGUUGGGCUAAUGUGCUCAGUGAAUGCUUGAGUGACAUGGGGCCUACUCCAGGACUUCCAUCUGUAACCAGUACCACCUGAAACAAUGACAUUUUGAAUUACAAACAAACAAUAAACUACUGUGUAAGAUUUGAGGUUUUCACA